CUUUCCUUCUCUCCUGAUAUAGGUGUUUAUUAUUUCCUGACUACACAAGACAAAGCUUAAUGAAGUUCUUUUGGAGUUGAAGGCAAGAUGAAGAUGUGGCUUUUGAUUAGUUACCUAAUUACAAUGUGCUUCAUAUCCUGUUUAGCAGUUGCGGAGGACGGCAAAGGAUUUGGGCCGAUUUUUGAAGAGCAGCCCAUCGAUACCAUCUACCCGGAGGAGUCGCCGGAUGGGAAAGUGUCGCUGAACUGCCGGGCCCGCGCCAGCCCCUUCCCUGUUUACAAAUGGAGAAUGAAUAACUGGGAUAUUGAUCUGACAAAUGAGCGCUACAGCAUGGUAGGAGGCAACCUGGUCAUCAACAACCCUGACAAACUGAGAGAUGCUGGGAAGUACUUCUGCUUGGUUUCGAAUAUCUACGGAAUGGUUAGAAGCACCGAAGCGACUUUAAGUUUUGGGUACCUUGAUCCUUUUCCACCAGAGGAACGAGCAGAGGUCAAAGUGAAGGAGGGGAUCGGCCUCGUUCUGCUCUGUGAUCCGCCUUACCACUUUCCAGAUGAUCUUAGUUAUCGUUGGCUUCUAAAUGAGUUUCCUAUAUUCAUCACGAUGGACAAACGACGCUAUGUGUCCCAGACCAAUGGCAAUCUAUAUAUUGCAAAUGUAGAGGCAUCUGAUAGAGGCAAUUAUUCAUGCUUUGUAUCAAGUCCUUCAAUCACAAAGAGUGUGUUCAGUAAAUUUAUCCCACUCAUCCCUCUUUCUGACCGCACGACAAAGCUGUAUCCUGCCGACAUCAAAGUCCAGUUCAAGGACACAUAUGCACUGAUGGGCCAUAAUGUAACACUAGAGUGUUUUGCCCUUGGAAACCCGGUUCCUGAGAUUCGGUGGCGAAAAGUCCUGGAGCCGAUGCCCAGCACAGCUGAGAUCAGUAUGUCGGGGGCAGUUCUGAAGAUUUUCAACAUCCAGCUUGAGGAUGAAGGAACUUAUGAAUGUGAAGCUGAGAACAUCAGAGGAAAAGAUAGACAUCAAGCAAGAAUUUAUGUCCAAGCAUUUCCUGAAUGGGUUGAGCAUAUCAAUGACACUGAGGCAGAUAUAGGCAGUGAUUUGUACUGGCCUUGUGUGGCUACAGGCAAACCUAUCCCUACAAUCAGAUGGUUGAGAAAUGGAUAUGCGUACCAUAAAGGUGAGCUGAGAUUGUAUGGACUGACCUUUGAUAAUGCUGGGAUGUACCAGUGUAUAGCUGAAAAUGCCCACGGAGCUAUCUAUGCGAAUGCUGAGCUCAAGAUUCUGGCCAUGGCUCCCACCUUUGAAAUGAAUCCGAUGAAGAAGAAGACCUUGGCUGCUAAAGGAGGACGCGUUUUAAUUGAAUGCAAACCUAAAGCUGCGCCUAAACCAAAGUUUUCAUGGAGUAAAGGAACAGAAUGGCUUGUCAAUAGUACUCGAAUUCUCAUUUGGGACGAUGGUAGCCUGGAAAUCAGGAACAUCACAAGGGCUGAUGAAGGCACUUACACAUGCUUUGCAGAAAAUAACAGAGGAAAAGCGAAUAACACUGGAACUCUCUUGAUCACAGAUGCCACGAGGAUCACUUUACCCCCAGCUAAUGCUGAUGUCACCGUGGGUGAGAAUGCCACCAUGCAGUGUUCUGCCUCCCAUGACCCUGCGCUGGACCUCACUUUUAUUUGGUCUUUGAAUGGAUAUGUGAUUGAUUUCAGCAAGGAAAAUAGCCAUUACAUGAGGAAUUUUAUGAUAGAUUCCAAUGGCGACUUGCUUAUUAAAAAAGCCCAGUUGAAACACGCCGGUCGUUACACGUGCACUGCUCAGACAAUCGUGGAUAAUUCUUCCGCUUCGGCCGACCUUGUUGUUCGAGGCCCACCAGGCCCGCCAGGAGGGGUGAGAAUAGAAGACAUUAGAGAUACUUCUGUAGCACUCACAUGGAGCCGUGGCUCAGAUAAUCAUAGUCCAAUAUCUAAAUAUUCAAUUCAGACCAAAACUAUUCUUUCUGAUGACUGGAAAGAUGCCAAAACAGAUCCAUCAAAUAUUGAAGGGAAUAUGGAAUCAGCAAGGGCGGUAGACUUAAUUCCAUGGAUGGAGUAUGAAUUCCGGGUAGUAGCAACCAAUAUAUUGGGAACAGGAGAGCCCAGUCUACCGUCAAACAGAAUCAAAACGGAAGGUGCUGCGCCUAAUGUGGCUCCUUCAGAUGUAGGAGGAGGUGGUGGAAGCAACCGUGAGUUGACAAUAACCUGGGUGCCUUUGUCGAGAGAAUACCACUAUGGCAACAAUUUUGGUUACAUCGUGGCCUUCAAGCCCUUUGGUGGAAAAGAGUGGAAAAAAGUGACAGUUACCAAUCCAGACAUCGGCCGCUACGUCCAUAAGGAUGAAACGAUGUCCCCUUCCACGGAGUUUCAAGUAAAAGUGAAAGCCUUUAACAACAAAGGAGACGGGCCCUUCAGUCUGACAGCAGUCAUUUAUUCAGCACAAGAUGCACCUAGUGAAGCCCCAACAGAUGUGAGCAUAAAAGUCUUAUCUUCUUCAGAAAUCUCUGUUUCUUGGAAACAUGUUUUGGAAAAAACAGUGGAAGGCUACCAGAUCCGUUACUGGGCGGCCCAGGAUAAGGAAGCGGCUGCACAGAGGGUUCAAGUGAGCAGCCAGGACUACUCGGCGAAGCUGGAAAACCUGCUGCCGGAUAUGCAGUACUCCGUGGAGGUGAGGGCCUAUAACAGCGCAGGCUACGGCCCCCCCAGCGACGUCAUUGAUGUCUCCACUCGGAAAGCGCCCCCGAGUCAGCCGCCCAGGAUUAUUAGCUCAGUGAGGUCUGGCUCAAGGUACAUCAUCACCUGGGAUCAUGUCAAAGCGAUGUCAAAUGAGUCUACAGUGACAGGAUAUAAAGUGCUCUACAGACCUGAUGGUGAACACGAGGGCAAGUUAUAUUCAACUCACAGGCAUUCGAUAGAAGUCCCAAUCCCCAGAGACGGAGAGUAUGUUGUGGAAGUUCGAGCACACAGUGAUGGAGGAGAUGGAGUGGUAUCACAAAUUAAAAUUUCAGGUGCAUCUGAGGUUUCACCUAGUCUCUUUGGGUUGUUGCUGCCUGCCUUUGGCGUCCUGGCUUUCUGGGAAUUCUGAUCGUAGCCCGAUGGAUAUCUGCUAUCAACACCGAGCUGUGGACUCUCUACAGAUCUUGAUGGACUCCCAUUCUUUGUGAUUCCUGCGGCACUCUCCAAAGCCAAAUCAAUUCUACUUUUACAAAAUUUGCCCUGCUGGUUUACAGUCAAUUCAAGGACGGAGGCAUUCAGGAACCCCUUCAUCGUACAAAUACUCUUUGGGAUGUAUACAAAAUGAUUUUUAACUUGUUACAAUAUGCCUUAUAAAACUCUUAAACUGAUCUGUGACAGUUGCAUGAUUUGGUCAAUAGAGCAAGUUAAGUGUUAACAUCCACUAAUAUAGGUUGUACAGUAAGAGGAAAAUCACCACCCAAAGGUGCUUUAAUAAUAACAAGUUGCGAAGUAUCCUAGAGACUGAAAUAUUGAUUUAUGUGAUAAAUGUAAGAAUAACUCAGUCCAUUGGUACUCUCUUCCCUGUUUCGUGUCUCCCGUAUUUUAGAAUGGCCGCUCUCAUUGCCGAUGCUUUGUUUUUAAGAAGUACAGUCAAAGCAAAGCCAUUCGCUUCAUUUUGUAGUGAUUUCCCCACCCUAGAAAUACAUACACACAUCCAUAUAUACAUCCAUAUAUAUAUAUACAUAUAUAUAUUUCUCAUUUUGAAAGCAGUCCAACUAUGGUGUUUCAGUGAAAGAAACGCAAACAUUUUUGUUUUAAAUAUUGAAAUCCCCACAGGAACCAUUCUGAAGCUUAGUAUAGAAAUGUGGAUUGUCAGUAUUGGAGUGGUUUUCUACAAUAAACCAGUUCGUUUAGAUUGGGGGGAGGGGGAGAGGGUCGUACUGCUGACAUUCAUUUUUUACAGACGUGAAAGCUAUUAGAAGGUUUGGAAAGAACCGUUGUUAUUGAUCAGAAGCACAAAAAGAGGAGAAUGCAAAGAGGAGAAUGCUUUCAUAAUAUCCUGUCUUCUUCUUAGCCUUCAUUCCCACCUAUGACCUUUCUGUAGUCAAGCUCAGAACUUAAGGCAGUUAGCUUUGGAUAGGAGAAGUUUUUAGUACUUUCCUUCUCUGAAAUGAUUUCUACGAAAUGUUUCCACUUCAACGCACUACUGAAAAAAGGCUACAGGGCACCGAAAGAGCAAAGCAAUAUAUUUUGUGGUUUCGUUUUUGAAGAAUCAACGAACUUGGCCAUUUAGCAGAAGUCAAUGGUGUUUAGAUUCUGAUUGUGUCUACCAAGAGUUCAGGUUAAUGAGUUUUUAUAGAUUGUAAGUGGGGGGGGGGGAGAAUAUUGAGUGUGAAUGUGGAAGAAACUCAUUGAUAAUAAAUCAAGUGUCUCAAGUAAUAGUGCAAUGCCUGACGCUUCAAAAACAAUAAGCUCUGAAUCAUAUUUUCCUAGCAUAUCCUUGCUAGCUAAUUAGACAUAGAGUUUAUCUUUUUAGGAGGAUAUCUUAGAGAUUCAUUAAAAAUAUUUAUAAGAAGUGAGACUAGAUCUACUUUAUGCCCCUUUCUUUAAAUUGUAUAAUUUUGUACUAUAUAUUUAAAUGUAAAUGUUUAGAAUCUUCAUUAUACAAAUAAUACUAUUGCAUUCAUUUGCUUUGAAGUAUUUGUUAUUAUAUAGAAACUUUUUACAAAUAGGUGAAAUGGCUAAUUUCCCACAGAGAGAAUAUCAGCGAUUUUAAGAUCACUGCUGAGUUUCACCAAAAAAGAAAAUUGUUUGGGAGAGAAAAACAUCUUUAUAUUGAAAAGAAAUUAAUUCUCUGGAAGCCUCCCACACAUUUGUUCUAUUGUUUCAUUUCUCACCGGGUUUUGUUUUUACAAUGUGACCGGCCCUUUUGGAUACUUUACUAUAAUCAGAACUACAAUCUUUUGUUUGAUACAUGCUUGCCCCUUUUCCUAUCCUGACACAUGACAGUAAGGAGCAAAACUGGUUAGUUUUUGCAUGGAGUGAUUAUGGAAGAGAAAAGAAAAACGAGAAUUUAGGGAUUUUUCAAAAUCUGUAUUGCAAAGAUUAACAAGAUUGCAGUAGCUCACGUAAUGAUCACGCACCUUUGCUUUCUUAUUGUUUCACAUGAUUAUUCUGGUUUAACUGGGACCUUACGUUGAGACCGUUGCCAGUCAAUCUAACUAAUCUAUUCUCUGUUUUAAGACACCAGGUUCUUAAUUGAAAUUUCUAUAGAGAUCCACACAUUUGUUGUUCCUUUGUAUUUCAGGAAAGAUGAUAUUCAUUUGAUAAUGAUGAUGCAUAGAUAGUUUUUUUUAGUUCUUUUUUAUCCUUUUUUCAAUGGAGUAGACUAGGACCAAGCUUUGUCCUUUCUAUGAAUGAAAAAUAAAUUAUAAUGAAAUAAAUGUAUCAUUGUUACCCAAGA